AUGUACAGCUUACAGAAGUCACAUGUACAGCUUGUAGAAGUCACAUAUACAGCUUACAGAAGUCACAUGUACAGCUUGCAGAAGUCACAUGUACAGCUUGUAGAAGUCACAUGUGCAGCAUACAGAAGUCACAUGUACAGCUUACAGAAGUCACAUGUACAGCUUACAGAAGUCACAUGUACAGCUUGUAGAAGUCACAUAUACAGCUUACAGAAGUCACAUGUACAGCUUGCAGAAGUCACAUGUACAGCUUGUAGAAGUCACAUGUGCAGCAUACAGAAGUCACAUGUACAGCUUACAGAAGUCACAUGUGCAGCUUGCAGAAGUCACAUGUACAGCUUACAGAAGUCACAUGUACAGCUUGCAGAAGUCACAUGUACAGCUUGCAGAAGUCACAUGUACAGCUUACAGAAGUCACAUGUACAGCUUACAGAAGUCACAUGUACAGCUUACAGAAGUCACAUGUACAGCUUGCAGAAGUCACAUGUACAGCUUACAGAAGUCACAUGUACAGCUUACAGACGUCAUAUGUACAGCUUACAGAAGUCACAUGUACAGCUUGCAGAAGUCACAUGUACAGCUUGCAGAAGUCACAUGUACAGCUUGCAGAAGUCACAUGUACAGCUUGCAGAAGUCACAUGUACAGCUUACAGAAGUCACAUGUACAGCUUGCAGAAGUCACAUGUACAGCUUACAGAAGUCACAUGUACAGCUUGCAGAAGUCACAUGUACAGCUUACAGAAGUCACAUGUACAGCUUGCAGAAGUCACAUGUACAGCUUACAGAAGUCACAUGUACAGCUUGCAGAAGUCACAUGUGCAGCAUACAGAAGUCACAUGUGCAAAUUUGCAAAAUUCAGAUGGUUCUCAGAUCAUCUUGAGGUAUUCCGUAGGCUGA